GGAACAUCAACAAAGCAAACAAAGGCGGCAGGAGUGAAGCUGGUUCUGUCAAACCCGGUUCGGUUCUCCGGUCUGUUCCUCCGGUCCCGCCGUCAUGUUCUCCGUCAGAAACAGCCUCGGCCUGGUUCUGGUUCUGACCCGCCUCUCCUGCACUUCUGUGUCGGUCCCGGAUAUCGCCGUUUACUUUGGAACCAAAUCCCGGUACGAGGAGGUGCACCCGAACCUGCUGCGGGACCCGACCUCCAUCAACAGCUCCAUCCUCAGACCCCCGCCCUCGGAGCGCUGCACCCCGGUCCACCUGACCGCCGUCAUCCGGCACGGAACCCGGUACCCGACCACCAAGAACAUCCGCAGGAUCCGGAACCUGAGCCAACUGGUCCGGACCGAGUCCUCCAGAACCUCCGCGGGGUCCGGGGGUUCGGCAGGCCGGCUUCACGAGAUCCAGAACAGCUGGGACAUGUGGUACACGGACGAGAUGGACGGUCAGAACCGAACCGAACUCUGAGAACAACAACAAUAAUAUUAAUAAUAAUAAUAAUGAUAAUCAAUCUAUUUAAAAUAAUUCUGAUAAAAUGAUGUUUAAAACAAUUAAAGUUGAGAUCAAUACAAAAAUAAUCAGUUACUUUUUAAUUAUUGAUUAUAUUUAAAACUUUAUUUAAAAGGAUUUUUGUAAAACGGUAUUUAAAAGAUAAUAAUUACAAUAAAGCCAAAUUUAAAACAAGAAUAAAAUAAAACUACAUUUGAAAUGAUCAUGACAAUAAUACAAUAAUUAUUUCUAUUAUUAUAAUUGUAAAAAUAUAUUUUAAAUCAUAAUUCUAAUGAAACUAUAUUUUAAUAUAAUAUUUAAUAUAGUUUAUUUUUAAUUAUUUUAGAGGCAGUUUCAUCAAAAUUAUUAAAUUCCAACAAACUUUACAGACUUUUAUGUCUGAUUAUCAGAGGAAAUAAAAACAGCUUUAAUGAUUAUUCAUCUCUCCUCUCUCCUCUCUCUCUCUCCUCCUCCUCCUCAGGUCAGUUGGUGAUGAAGGGUAGGGAGGACCUCCGUCGGUUGGCGAAGCGUCUCCUCGCCUUGUUCCCGUCGCUCCUCUCUGAGGAGAACCAGAGGAGGAUCAGUCUGAGGAGCAGCUCCAAACAUCGCUGUAUCAGCAGUGUGGAGGCGUUCCAGGAGGGUCUGCAGGAGGUCUGGAACCACAGAGGUGAACCGGACCUCAUGUUUCAGUCCAGUACCAGGUCCAAACAGGUCCAAACAGGUCCAAACAGGUCCAAACAGGUCCUCCUCCUCUAACGUCCAACAACUACAUCAGAACCAGAAACAGCUCUCAGCCAAUCAGAGCCCUCCUGGGAGGAGGAGGUCUCCUAUCAUGCUCUGAGGGGACAAGGAGAGAGGGAACAAGGAGAGAGGAAACGAGGAGAUAGGGAACAAGAGGAGACAGAACAAGGGGAGAGGGAACAAGGACAAAGAGCAAGGAAAGAGAACAACGAGAGAGAGAAAAGGAGAGAGGGAACAAGAAGAGAGGGAACAAGGAGAGAGGGAACAAGAAGAGAGGGAACAAGGAGAGAGUUUGUCUUCAUUGAAUAUAAAGUUUAGUCUUAAUUUAAACUCGUCCAAAUCUCUCCCUCUCUCUGUCUCUCUCUCUCUCUCUCUCCUCUCUCUCUCUCUCUCUCUCUCUCUCUCUCUCCCUCUCUCUCCCUCUCUCUCUCUCUCACUCUCUCUGUCUGUGCAGAGGUGCAGUACCGCCAUGAGGUCGAUGACGAGCUGAUGCGUUUCUUUGAGCGUUGCCGUGGUUUCGUGGAGGGCGUGGAAAACAACCGGACGGCGCUGCUGGAGGUGGAGAAGUUCAAACACGGCGAGGAGAUGGAGCGAGUGAGGAGGAGGAUGGCCGAGAAACUGGGCCUCCCUCACCAACGGCUCACACCGGGUCAGACACGCACACACACACACGCACACACACACACACACACACACACACACACACACACACUCACACACACUGAGGACUGGUGUGUGUGAGUGUUUCACACUGAAGUUUGUCCCUCUCUGCCUCCUGUAGAGUUGGUUGAAGCGGCGUUCUUCUUGUGUUCCUACGAGCUCGCCAUCAAGUCUGUCCACUCGCCGUGGUGCUUCCUGUUUGAUGAGAGCGACGCAAAGGUACACACACACACACACACACACACACACACACACACACACAUACACACACACACACAUUAAAGAUAGUAUAGGUGAUUUUAAAGGGAGUUUAAGGACUCAAAGUGGUUUAAGGACAGAGGGAACAAGGAGAGAGAGUGAGGAGAGAGGGAACAAGGAUAUAGAGCAAGAAGAAAAGGGAACAAGGAGAGAGGGAACAAAGAAGUCCAAUCAGCAUCCAGCUCUGAACCCACCUUUACCUGGGAGGGUGACAUCAUCGAACCCUGACCCUAAUGAACCCAGCAGACCCGGGUCAGGGUCUCCUUGUUCUCCCUGUUCUCCUGGUCCCCCUGGUUCUCCUCAGGUGUGUGAAGUUCUCCCUGAACUCUGUCUGCAGGUGUUGGAGUAUAAGUCGGACCUGAAGCAGUACUGGAAACGCUCUCAUGGUCAUGUGAUCAGCAGUCUGUCCAGCUGUCCUCUCUUCCAUCACAUCUUCAGGACGCUGGACAAAGCCGGGCGUCCUCGCAGGUGAGUGACGGUCUCCUUUAAGAGGGGGAGGAGUCACCUGACGAGGGAUCAGCUGUUUGAUCAGCUGUUUUCAUUUACUCAUAAAAACAAUCAAAAACCCAAAUUCAGUUCCUCGCUCUUAAUUUGAAAGGACAGAACUGGAAACUGAACUAACGAUGUCACUUCCUGCAGGUCCACGGACGCCGUUCCUGAGCCCGCCUCCAUCCUGGUGGGUCACGCCGAGACGAUCCUCCCCCUUCUGUCCCUGCUGGGACUCUACAAGGACCAGACUCCGCCCACCGCCAGCAACUACCGCUCACAGCACGGUACGAAGUCUGUGGGUCUGGAGUCAGAACCAGAACCAGAACCAGAACCAGAAUCAGAACCAGAACGCCCUUUAUUUUCUUUAUAUAGAAGAACAUCGAGAUCAGAGAGCGUCUCCUUUUUCAGGGCAAUAAGUUAAAAAAAAGAAAAACAGACGGAAAUAAAAAAAUCUUUUUUGAGGAUUUGAAUCUUCAAACUUCGUCGAGUCGAGGGUUCGAGUUUUGACUUUGAGUUUUCAUUUCCAAGUUUGAAUUUUAGUUUUUCUCGGUUUUAUCGACUCUUCUUCGUCUUUACUGAAUCCUGAAACCCUCAAUGACUCCGCCCCCUCUCUGUGAUGAACUUCCUGUCCUGUGUCUCUCCCCCGUGUCUCUCUCCUGUUUCUCUCACCCGUGUCUCUCUCCUGUCGCGUCUCACAGGCAGAAGUUUCCGGACCAGUCGGAUCGUCCCGUACGCCGCUAACGUCCUCUUCGUUCUGUACGAUUGUCAGCGAGGGCCGCGUCUGCAGCUGCUCAUCAACGAGACGCCGGUUCGAUUCCCGGGUCUAGAGAAAGAGGACGCGCCGCUGUACCGGGACGUCAGACUAACAUACCGCCACCUGCUGGACGGCUGUGACUUUGAGAGGGAGUGUGAGGGGAGGAGCGGUGGGCGUGGACCCAACAUCGAGCUCUGAGCGGAGACACAGGUCAGCUGAUCCAGUCCGAACCAGAACCCUCCUCAGACCGCAGCCUUAACCACCUUUAGAAUAAACAUAAGCCCCGCCCACUGCUAUGAGUGUCCAAUCACAGCCCAACAGCAGUCAGUCCAGUGAGACUCUGUCCGUUUAGGUUUAAAGAGGGUCACAUGACCUCCUCUCCUUUAGCGCCCUCUGCUGGACGCUGCAGGAACUGACCACAGGUUAUUGUUUUGAAACGUCCACUUCCUGUUUGUCAUCACGCACAGUCACGAACCAAUCAGCCUGUUCAGCGCUGCCAUCCUACCUGCUGAUUGGCUGCUGACCCUCAGUGUCAUGAAACCUGGUUUCUGUGGUCUGGUUCUGGGGUCGUAUGGAGGUCUGGACCGGUUCUGAGUGCCGGUCAGUUUUUUGUUUUCAGGGUUUCGGGUUUUUCCUUCCUGAGUUUUUAUUCCGGACUCUAAAAACCUCCAAACAGGAACAGGAAGUCACUGAGCUCCAGGGCCGUGUCCAGACUUUCAGACUGGGGGGCCCUGACUCAUGGGGGGGGCCGAUCUUUAUUUAAUGAGCUGGUGAAGAACAGAUGAAUCCUCCUAAAUUUAAACCCUGGAUGACGGAUUUAAAAGAACAUUUGCUUAAAGUUUUUUUUCUUGUAAAUCUUGUUAUGAAAACGACUUUUCUAGUUUCAAAUCUCAGUUCAAUUCACAUUUUUUUCUGCUAAAUUUACAUUUCAGUCGUUUUAUGAAUUUAUUCAGGAGAAUUGAAACUUUUUCUACAGUUUUUUUUUCUCUUUUUUAAUUUAAUCAUAAAUUUUGUUUAUUUUCUGAAGUUUGAAGCUUUAAUUCUAAUUUUACCAGAUUAUUCAGGACUGUAAUCUUGUCAAAGACUCUUUAGGAUUAUUUUUAAUUGUAAAUAUGUAAAUGAAAAAUUUUCCUCAAAAAUGUACGACUUUAUUCUUGUAAAUCUAGAUUUGUGGUCACGGGUUUAUUUCCUUUACUGCAUGACUUUAUUUUAGGGGAUCGGUCGUGUCAAUCACAAACUAUAUGACUUCUAUGAUGAAUUGAUUGAUUGAUUAAUUGAGUUUAUUCCCGUUAAUGACUCUUCUUGUUGAUUGAUAGUUGAAUGUUUGCCUUUGAACUUUAUUCCUGUAAAAACUUGAUUCUUGUGAAUGAUCUAGGUUGACGUAUUUCUACAUUUUUAAAUACAAACUAGUGUCUGACUUUGACAGUAAAGAUACUGUCAGCGAUUUUUAGUUGCUUUAAACUGAAGUCCCGCCUUUGUCAGGGCAAGUAGCCAAUCAUAGAUCAGGAUACUUGGGCCCCUUUUUGGCCACGCCCCCUGACUGAGCAGACUGACUCAGAUAAUGAUAGCAUGCUAACACUUUAGCCUUUCAAAAUAAAACAUAAACAAUAGUACGACUGACAUGGACAGACCUGAGUGUGUCAGUGUCUGUGAGCCGAGUGUCAUCCUAGAUCACUCUGACCUGAUCUGAACACUGACAUAGAUCUAGACAAAGAGAAAUGAUGUUUUAGUCCCUCCUGAUUGGACGAAUGUUUUAGUCUCAGGUCAUCAGAGUUUGAUCAGCUGGACUAGAUCUGACAGAAGACACCGACACUGCUGUCUGUGAGACCUGCUGAAUACUAAACAAAACUAGAGUUUCACCAUGACAACAAACUAACCACAGAGUCGACAGGCAGAGGGGCGAGGAUAGAGCAGCCUGAGACACACUGACGUUUUUAUCACAGAGUCAACAGGCAGAGGGGCGAUGAUAGAGCAGCCUGAGACACACUGACAUUUUUAUCACAGAGUCAACAGGUAGAGUGGAAUUGAUAGAGCAGCCUGAGACACACUGAUGUUUUAACAACAGAGUCGACAGGUAGAGGGGCCAUGAUAGAGCAGCCUGAGACACACUGACAUUUUUAUCACAGAGUCAACAGGUAGAGUGGAAUUGAUAGAGCAGCCUGAGACACACUGAUGUUUUAACAACAGAGUCGACAGGUAGAGGGGCCAUGAUAGAGCAGCCUGAGACACACUGACAUUUUUAUCACAGAGUCAACAGGUAGAGUGGAAUUGAUAGAGCAGCCUGAGACACACUGAUGUUUUAACAACAGAGUCGACAGGUAGAGGGGCCAUGAUAGAGCAGCUGUGUCUGUUGUUUGUCUCUGUGGUCGUAGAGUUUGUGUCGUUCUCUGACUCUAGUACCCUCUCUGGUUUUGUUUUCUGACUCGAUUGAUUAACCUUUCCUCUUUAACGGAGUCUGAUCGUUUAUCUGAUUUCCGUGUUUUUACCUCCUUAAACUUUCGUUCAUUCCCGAUGUUCGUGUCGAAUCACUGACCGAUGAGUCGCUGUAGACAAACGUCCGUUCGCUCCUGAUUUUUGCGGUCCGGCUGACUGACGCUCAGAGUUUGAGUUUCCUGUGUUUGUGCUGAUUUAGGUGAACUGACCCUUUACUAUUGAACUCGUUAGUCUGCUGUUAAUUAGUGGGUUAGAGAGAUGAUGGGUUUUUAGGGAUGGUACUGCAGGGUUGGUUCUGACCCGGCUCUUUUCAGGGUUCUUAAAGGUUCUUAUUUAUUCGGUUGGAUCUUCUUGUGACGACUCCGAUCCUUUAGACUUGAUUUUCUGUCGUCGUUUGGAUUCUGUCGUAGUUUUUGGUCUCAGAGCUGAAGUUCCUCCCACAGCCACCAGGUGCUGCUGAGUCCAGCACUUCUUCCUGUUAGAGGGAGAACUUCACAAUAAGAGUCUCAGAGACCUAAACCUUCAGUUUAGUCUUCAGGGUGAGAGCUUCUUCUUCUUCUUUAUUUUUACGUCUUUGUGCCAAAUGUUGGUCGCUCAGCUUUUAUCGUUUCCUGUUUACUUGAAAUCAGUUUCCUCUUUCACUCUGUGCUUUUAUUUUCUUUCACUUCCUGUUUCUGCUGAAUGAUGGAUGCCAAAUGUUUUGAAUCAAAAAGCUUUAAUAAAAAUUUUUCACCUGAAACUCGACAAAA